UUACAUCACCUCCAGAAGGAGGACUAGGAGUCCAUGAUGGACGCCAUGGACAUGAAUAUCAGACACAGGACCACAAAGCUGGACAUAAGACAAGUAGUCAUCUCCGACGAGCGCGGGCUUUGCUCGGCCGAAAUUUCUCUGGCAUGAGCGCAGAAUCUUUGGCGAGGGUGCUGUGUUUUUUCGACUGCUUUCCGCUCUCAGGAGGUUCCUAUACAGAGCAUUUUUGUUCAGCAGUUGAGAAUGGCCUCACAUCACCCACAACAGCGCGCCCUUUAGCACGCGUACUUGCGGCACUUUGUCACGAUGACAAGAGGACUGUUGAUGUUGAGUGGGAGAAGCCAACUGCGAUGCCUGGCGAAGAUGAAGAAGGAAGAACGCAUCAGAACUUAUUUGGUGGAGAGGCAGUGGCUCAGGAUGAUGAAGGAGCCACGAGUACUGCUCGAGAUGAAAGCAAAAUGGCGUCAACAACGGGAGAUAUGCCCCUUGAGUUUGGUUCGUCCUCAGGGAGUCAUGUGCAAGUCAGUCCACAAAUCCGUGAAAGAAGAACUUCACGCGAAGACGAACGUGGAAAAGCUGCUACGAAAAUAAUGAAGCAAGCAAUUCGAUACUUGCGAAAACAGGCGCAACAGUGUCGAAACCUUUACGAACUAGAGAACGAAACGUCUUUACGGAGUCACAUGGAUGGUCCCUUAAUGGUAGGGCAGCCUGAAAAAGAGCCUUCCCAGAACGCUGCUGCUGCAGAUGAAAGAGUAUCAGCGAUAAAGAUGGCGAUGCUCUCGGACGGUAGUAGAAUGGCGAACAAGCAAAGAAGAGACACGGUGGAAGAUGUGCCACCUGCUGUGAAAACGAUUGAUGACUCAUUUCCAGUGCCACCAAGUGCGCAAGCUGUAUCGAUGAUUCUAACGUCUUGUGGGUAUUUCACGGGCCAGAAGAAUAUAGGGCCACACUUUGGCUCAGUGAAGCGUGCGCUUGCGGCUGCGAGACCCGACGUAGAGC